UGCAACAUACAUCCGCAUUUCGCUAACUGACACUAUUUUCUUCAAGUCAGAGAGAAAGAGAAGUCAAGAGGCUAAAGAAAGAUGUCUACUGUAGCUGCGAUCCCAAGCAGUGCCAGGGUCCACUCUGGAAGAGGGAGGUCUGAUAGUGCGAGCCUCAUCCGACAGAGGACGCCUCAAGGUGGUGCAAAUCCGCAGCCAACCGUUGGACAAAGAAGCUACAGCUUUCAUUCAAGACAACAACAGCAGCAACACCAGCAGCAACAAUCCCAGGACAGAUAUUACGAGUAUCAGCAUAAGGAGAAGGAGCUUAGGACUGCUUUGUCUGAUGAUUAUGAAGAGAUUGACAGUGAUGAUGGAUCAUACCACAGUGAAGGAGAUGACAUUGCUCAAUAUUGGGAUCCUUACUUGUAUCAACUACAACAGCAAGCUCCUAGACCAAAGAAAGUUGUAUGUAAAAAACCAGUAUUCGAAAGACCACCUUUUUAUGGAUCUGAAUACCACGGUGCAAUCACUAGAGAAGAAACAGCCAUGCUCCUUGGUAAGGAAGAAGGUAAUUACCUAGUGAGAAAAGGGCUCAGUCAGUCCGGUACAUACAGCCUCUCGUUUGUGUUUGGUGGCAAUAUACGCCAUUAUCGCCUCUUCUUUGAGAAUGGUGAGCACUUUGUUGGCGAGACCACUUUUGAUGAGAUAGAGGACCUUGUGGCUGACGGGCUCAUCACGCUUCACAUGGAGCUAAACAAUGUAGAGGAGUACUUGAAGAAUGCACAAGAAUCUAAAAGACUAUCAAAGGACAGUUAUGGCCUUGGUGCUGGUGUUGAUGCUAGUGCUGUGUCUUCAGAAAAAUCAGAGCCUCUUCCCCCUCCUUUACCACCAAGGAACAGAAUUAUGUCUCCUGACCAUCUCUCGCCAAUAGCUGAAGAGGUCCCUAGGCCACAACCUCGUGAAGACUACACAAACACUGUUAUAAAAAAGAAAGACCUCAGACAGGAAAGUUCACUCUAUGACUAUCAUUAUGAGAAGCCACACAACUUUAAGAUACACACGUUUCUAAACAUGCCCUGGUGCGAUUUCUGCCAUAACUUCCUUUGGGGCUUGCGUUCACAAGGCUACAAAUGCAAAGACUGUGGUUAUGUGGCUCACAAACAGUGCAAAGAUUGUACAGGUGAUGACUGUGCACCAACCAAACAGCUUGUAAAAAGAGUCUAUGGUGUUGACCUUACCACACUCCUCAGGGUCUACAGUACAAAGAUACCAAUUGUUGUGAAGCACUGCAUUGAGGAGCUGGAGAGUAGAGGUCUUGGGAUUGAAGGGAUAUACAGAAUACCUGGGAAAGCCAUGGAAAUUCUGGAAAUAAAGAAACAAUUUGAUAGUGAAAUAAACGUUAAUCUGGGCUCCUAUGAAGACCCUCAUGCCAUUGCUGGUGCCCUCAAGCUUUAUUUCCGAGAGCUCCCCAUCCCUCUCAUACCUUUUGACAGCUUUGACCUUGUACUCAUUGCAGCCAGAUGUGCUACUCAGGAGGAGACACUAGAGACUGUUCGUGUGAUACUGACUAGGAUACCUCCUCCCCAUUAUAACACACUCAAAUUCUUAAUGAAACAUCUCUACAAUGUACAGAGGGAGAGUAAGAAGAAUAGGAUGGACUCUAAAAAUCUAGCAGUUGUGUUUGCUCCAUCUCUAAUGAGACCACCAGCCAAUGCCGACCAACUCACGGCAAUGAUAAAGCUACCGGAACAAAAGAAAAUCACAGAACUUCUCAUCUCUCAUUACGACGUUCUCUUCCCAGCGUUGUAUUAGUUAUUAGUGUGAUUAGGACUCUGUUUUUUUUAAACCUCAUGCCUCCAUUUAUUCCUCUCCCUCUUGUGAAUUCUACGAAUACAUGAGUAUAUAGUACUACAGUGUAUCUCUCUCUCUCUCCUCAUUCUUUUGUACUAUCAUUUAUUGUGAGUCUUCUGUUGAUCUAUCUGUUUGUGAUUGUGUGUUAACA